AACGGCAAAGAUGCUUUCCCUAUUACUUCACCGGCGAUACUAGGUAGUUUCAAACAAUUCGAUCUAAAAAUGGUCGCAGAUAACUUGCAAAUCAGUAUGGACGUAGAUGGUGACGGGGAGACGGACCUUGUCAUCGACUGGCUUCCUCGUGCCAUUGUGCAAAUCAAGCUCACACAGCCGUUGGAGGGCGCUUCUGAUGUGCAAGGGCUUUGCGGUAAUGCGGACGGAAAUCCAGACAACGACUUCAAGACACCACUUGGAAAGCUAACGAUGGAUAAAGACUUCUUUGCAGACAGCUGGUCAACAGAAUGUGCAUAGUACGUACCGGAAUAUCACGAAUGACUUCUGAUGGUAUUUCUGUCACAGUCUCUAAACAUACCUCGUGGGCAUUGAAGUCAAAGCAUGUGAAGUAGACAUGGAUCAUAUGCGACAUACGCACUUUCAUAAUGUGUCGUUGGUGGCGGUAGUGAAAUAUGCUGAUAGAAUAAACGAAUGUGCGCG